AUGACGGAUAUUCUCAACGAACCGGAUGAUUCCAUGUCUCUUGUCCGAUACCUUCUUUACUCGAAUGAGUUCGAUACAAGAGGAAUAUGUGCAACUACUUCUUGGUGGCUUCAGAACGCAACCCAUCCAGAAGAGAUUCGAAAGAUAAUCAAUGCUUAUGGGGAGGUCGUGGAUAAUCUAAAUCAGCAUGUCAACCCAGAUUCACCUUACGAUAGCGCUGAGAAACUAUUGUCCCUUGUUACUUCGGGACCUUCUGUAUAUGGGAGGACUGCCCUUUCUGAACCUUUGAGCGAAGGCGCCAAACGCAUCAUCCUUGCACUGCAAGAAUCUCAAAAGCCCCUUUUUAUCACGGGAUGGGGUGGAACUAAUACACUCGCCCAGGCGUUACUUCAUAUUAAUAACACCAUGUCUCCUUCGGAAGCUGCUGGGUUAAGGUCGCGAAUCAGGUUAUAUACAAUAUCUGACCAAGACGAUACCGGUCCUUGGAUUCGAGCUCACUUUCCGGAUAUAUUCUCCAUUGUAUCGAUUCAUUCAUGGAACGAUUAUACGCUGGCAACUUGGACCGGGAUCUCCUUCGCCGGGUGUCCUUGUGUGAACUCAUCAGUGGUACAGAACCCUUGGUUAGACACGAAUAUCCGCCUUGGGCCGCUGGGCUCUCAAUACCCGCAAAUCAUAUACGGCAUGGAAGGUGAUACUCCUAGUUUCUUGUGGUUGAUACAAAAUGGGCUGGGUUACCGCGACCGCAUUGACUGGGGUAGUUGGGGCGGGAGAUAUAAUCGGCCUCAAGCUCCAAGUGACUGGGCGGGUGGAAUUGAUACAAACCACUUCGUAGAUGCUGUGGAGAACGUGGUUGGGCUUGACGGACAGCAGUAUUCAACAUCACAAGCAUCUAUUUGGCGAUGGAGAACAGCUUAUCAAGAUGACUUUGCAGCUCGAAUGCAAUGGACUCUCACUCCGAACUUCACACAAGUUGGGCACCCGCCGGUCUUGAAUAUCAACGGCCAAGAGGGCCCCGAUCCACUUAUCGUGAAGGCUAAGGGAAAUGAAACGUAUACGUUCGAUGCCAGCCUGACGGUUGACACCGACAACCUUACGGAUAACAGUAAUUUGGAGUUUCAGUGGGCUUUAUAUCGAGAAUCUACAAUGUUCGAAGCAGAUGUUCAACUGAAGCCUCUGAACGCUCCAGCGGGAUCAAGCGCUAUGCUAGAAAGCAACGACGCUGGUUUUACCAACGUGACCCUUGGGCCUAAGAUCCAAGUUACUGUACCGCAAUCACAGAAGAACCGAUCUACUGGGAUGUUGCCUGGUUUCCAUAUUCUGCUUCAGGUUACAAACAGGGCAGGAAAAUACCCGAUCAGGCGAUACAUGAGAGUAGUAUGCGAGUACGAUCUUUAA